AUGGGCGGCCCCGUCGCCGCCCUUCGCGGCCCAGUCGCCGCCCCUAUCGGCCCCGUCGCCGCCCUUCGCGGCCCCGUCGCCGCCCUUCGCGGCCCCGUCGCCGCCUCUAGCGGCCCCGUCGCCGCCCUUCGCGGCCCCGUCGCCGCCCCUAGCAGCCCCGUUGCCGCCCUUCACGGCCCCUCGCGGCCUCUUCUCGGCCCCAUCGCCGCCCUUCGUGGCCCCGUCGCCACCCUUCCCGGCCCCUCCGCGGCUCCUCCGCCACCAGCAGUAGCCGCCGCCAGCAGCAGCGGCCGCCGCCGCCAGCAGCAGCCGACAACAGCAGACGCCGCCGAUGACAGCGGCGACCACCACCAGCAGCAGCCAUCAUCGCCGACAGCAGUGACUGCCGCCGCUACUGACAGCAGGAGCUGCCACCGCGGUCGCAGCUCUGUCCCUGCCGACGCGCCUCGGCCCUGCCCCACCGCUUGCCGGCCCCUACCUACCAGCCCUGGUGAGAGCACUGCCAAGCCACGCCUGCUACUGCUGCCCCUAGCCUGCUGCCACUGCUGUCAUGGCUACCCCUAG